AUUUAUUUAUUUUUUCUUUAAAAUUUUAUUAUAUACUUUAUACAAUAUUAUAAUAUAAUAUAAUAUAAUAUAAUAUAAUAUAAUAUAUCAUGACUUCCAAAGCCUCAAACAACAACUCUGGAAACAAUACCUGGGACAGCAAAACCCAAACCUUCCAUGGUGGCCAGGAACACUUUUUUAUUGAUAAUUUUGUCGAGGACUUUAGUGUGACGACCAACUAUCUCGGUACACCUAAGAAAGCCCUUGAGGCCGCACGUAUAGCAAUGGGCCAGAUUCACCAUUACCCUGCCGCAAACCAAGAACCUGCAAAGUCAAGGCUGGCAGAGUUCUUGUGGCCCAAGAAUUUUGCUGAGCAUCACGGACGUCUGUUGAUGGGUAACGGCGCUUCGGAGCUCAUUGAUCUGGUUGUCCGCAAAGCGUUGGACCAAGCACGUGAAAGAGGCAUCAAGAACCCCACAUGGAAAGGUGGACCAUGGAAUGUACAAUAUCAAGAGUAUCAGAGAAGUGCAGCCACAAACGGAUUCAAGAUCCUCGAUCCUUCUAGCAAAGAGCGUGCUGAUAUGAUCUGUAUUGUCAACCCUUGCAACCCUACAGGCGACUAUUUACCUAUUGAAGAAAUCAAGGGCUGGCUCGAGCAGAACGUAGCUCCAAAGGGAACUGUUAUGGUUGAUGAAUCUAUGCAGCUCUGGCACUCGGCAGAUUUCCGUGCCGAUUCAUUGAUCAACCAGCACGAAUUUAUGCUGUCGAUGCUGGAGAGAGAUCAAGUGUCUGUACAUGUGAUGCACUCGUGGACCAAGAUCUGGUCCUGCACUGGUCUGCGAGUCGGCUCUGUCAUUUGCCCCACUGCUCAGCACUGUGAGGCACUGAAGAAGAUCCAGGUUCCCUGGUCUGUCAAUGGUCCGGCACUCAAGUUUGUCGAGGCUGUUGUAAAGGAUGAUGAGUAUCUGAACAAGACCUGGGAAAACACCAGCCGGUUGAGAGCACAUCUGAUCAGCGAACUCGAGAAAAUCAAGGGAUUCAAGCAACAGGGAUGGGUCUGUCAUGGCGAGCCUUUCCUGAGCUGGGUCUGGCUUGAUGUCCGCAGCGAUGAGGUCGCCACAAAGGCUGUUGAUCUGGCACGCGCUGCAGGUGUACCUGUACGUAGUGGAAAGCCUGGAUAUGGAUGCAAUACCUUUGUCCGAAUCGCAGUCCGUGAAGAGCACCAGGCAGCCAUUCUUAUUUCUGCAUGGGCCAGUCUUUAGAAUAUAUUCAUUAUCAUGUAUUAUCACUGUUACUAUUACCAUUACCAUUACUAAUUUUUUUUUUCUUUUUUUUUUUUAAAAAAAAAGCACAUACAUACAUUUACAUAUAAAAAGUAUAUUAAGGUCAAGAUCGUACAUAAUACAUAAUAUAUAAAUAUGUGUCAGAAAUAAAAAGAAGAAGAAGAAGAAGAAGAAGUAUGUGUGAAUGAAAUUUGUUAUUUGAAUUAUUAUCUAUUAUUAUGAAAAGGAAUGUUAUAAAAUAAAUGAAAGACAAAAUCAUCAGUAUU